GUUCGUCUUGAGAUUAAUUCGUCCUAUAAAUAAUUAGCUUUCUCUAUUUAAAUACAUAUUUUAUGUAAACUAUUACUCCCUUAACCUUUGACAAGAAAUCAUCCUUUCGUUAAAUUAACCUUCUCUACCUGUUAAACAAGCAGUAUUUCAUGCCGAUUGGAAGAGUGGGUUUCAUUGGUCAGUUCUCUGUACUGAGUCGAGAUAGUACAGAAGCUAUCUAUUGUGAAGAGCAAAUUAAAUUUAAAUUGGAAUGAAAACUAACGGAGUUUGGCUCAGUGGGGGUGAAAGCUCGAAGUCUCGUUUGCUUCCACAUUCAAAUGGUGUUUAAAGCAAAAGUUCUACAGAAGCUCUAUCCUGCAAUUACCACUCUCCAAAGGGAACAAAACCUAUCAGCCAUCGCAGAGGACCAGGCCACAACAGUUAAUGGGAAAAGAAAAUCCUGUGGAGAAGAUGGUGCAUUUGGAGAGGCUGUGAAGCUACAAAAUGCAGCCAGUCUAUGCCGGCGGAUGUACACAGUCCUACCUCCUCCCCCAGGCUAUAAUGUACAUUCAGAGAAAUAUGUCACACCUCCUCAUCUUGAAAGCAUAGACACUGCAGAGGAUCCUGCUGGCGAAAGUGUCCAUAGGAGCAGUGAAGAGGCAGAUGAAGAAAAAGAGGCAGAAGACCAGAGAAGGAGAAGAAGGAGAAAGAAGAAGAAGCCAGCCCCGCCUCUGGACUCUGGCAAAAAUCUUGCUCUGGUGAGCGACAGGUCAGGUCAGCGGGUGCCAGUGGAUGAGGGAGGUGAGCGUAUCAGCAGGAACAAGAAGAGAAAGCUGAAGAAGAAGAGGCACAAGGACAAGCUGCUGUCCUUGGGUCUGAUGCCCCAAGCUGCUGCACUGGAGUUCACUUACAGUAAAGAUGGAGAGGAAGAAGAUAACAAGAGAAAAGCUGCUGAGCUGUCAGAGUUUCUGAGGACAACACUGGAAAUUUAUAUGUCAGACUCCUCUCCUCAUGUAGUCAAGACUUCUCGUCUCUCUGCUACAGUGGAUGGCCUUUUAAGGAGUCUAGCAAGCGGCUCUAAGCCCAACUCUGUCCUCAGCCAGCUGUACAGUCUUAAAACAUUUAUUCAGCAGAAUGAGGCUGGAAGUCUGGAAAUGGCACUCAUAGAGCUCAACAACAAUACCUAUAUGUCUCCAGAGGAAGCCAGUGCCGUUGUUUCACUGUUCAAAUACUGGAUCACAGAGAUUCUUCCCAUGCAGAGAGACGAGACGACAAGACUUCCUACCACACAGUAAUAAUACCGUCUGUGACAAAAACCAGAGAUUCUACCGAAGGAUAAUUUGGGCUUUUUUGGAAAUGUUUGGCUUUAUAUAGCUAUGGAAAAUGUUUUUUUUUAACAAUUAAAAAGGUUUAACUAUA